AUGGGGCUGGGCCUCCUGAGCGCCGUUCUGUUGUUUGUGGGGAGCUCUCUCGUAUACUCAGAACACGACUUGCUCCCCGAAAAGAGUAGGCGCGGCCCCUCGCACGAACAGGCCAGUGGCCCAGGGUGGCCUGAGGCCAGGCGUGGGAGGCUCUGGCGGCAGAAGGUGCGCCACGACCCGGAAGAGGAAGGAUCGGAGGCAAAGGAUUGUGGAACAGCGCCGCUUGCCAAUGUGUUGAAAGGAUCUCGUAUUAUAGGGGGCACAGAAGCUCAAAUUGGCGCGUGGCCGUGGGUAGUUAGCCUGCAGAUUCAAUCUGGCAAAUUUCCUGCUCAUAUAUGUGGGGGAAGCUUAGUGAAAGAUAGGUGGGUCCUCACAGCUGCCCACUGCACUAAGCAGUCUAGAGAUCCUGUAAUGUGGAGAGCUGUGAUUGGAACUAAUAAUAUACAUGGGAGUCAUCCACACACCAAGAAGAUAAAAGUUAAAGCAAUCAUUAUCCAUCCAUUCUUUGAUCUAGAAUCUUAUGUAAAUGAUAUUGCGCUUUUUCGUUUAAAAAAAGCAGUGAGGUACAAUGACUAUAUUCAGCCUAUUUGUCUACCUUUUGGAGUUUUCCAAAAUCUUGACUGGAACACAAGGUGUUUUAUAAGUGGCUGGGGAAGAACAGAAGAAGAAGGUAAUAUUACAAACAUAUUACUGGAAGCAGAAGUGCAUUAUAUUUCUCGAAACAUUUGUAGUUCUGAGAAGAGUUAUGGAGAGAUAAUUCCUAACACUUCGUUUUGUGCAGGUGAUGAAGAUGGAGUUUUUGAUACUUGCAGGGGUGAUAGUGGUGGACCAUUAAUGUGCUACUUACCAGAACAUAAACGAUUUUUUGUAAUGGGAAUUACCAGUUAUGGAUACGGCUGUGGUCGAAAAAAUUUUCCUGGUGUCUACAGUGGGCCAUCCUUCUACCAAAAGUGGCUGACAGAUCACCUCUAUCAGGCAAGCAAUAAAGGCAUGUUUAAUAUAAAUAUUCUACUUGGACAGGUCCUUGUAGCCUUAGGUUCUGUUGUCUUACUAGCAACUCCAUAA